AUGUUUGGAUAUUUAAAAGAUGUUAUUGAGACUAAUGAGUCUAUACUUGAAACAUUAUAUGAGGAAUAUAAAAAGUCAGCAGACUCUGAGGACAAAAAUCUAAACAUAACGCAAUUAUUAAAAAAAUACGGUUACCCUGUGGAACAACAUGAGGUUACGACUAGCGACGGAUACAUCCUGACAUUCUUCAGGAUACCAAAUGAUGGACCUGCAGUAUUUUUGAUGCACGGUACCCUUUGCAGUUCCGAUGACUUUUUGACCAUAGGAUCUAAUAGUGGACUCGCCUAUUUACUAGCGGAUGCCGGUUAUGAUGUCUGGUUAGGCAACGCUCGAGGCAACGUACAUUCCCGUCGUCACGUCAGCCUGUCGCCAUCUUGCAAGGAAUUUUGGGCCUUCAGCUGGGAUGAGAUUGGCCGCUAUGAUCUGCCAGCAAUGAUUGACUAUAUUCUAGAUAAAACCGGAGAGGAACAGUUAACAUACAUCGGCUAUUCCCAAGGCUCGACAACGUUUUUCGUCCUUUGUUCAGAAUUGCCGGAAUACAAUAAAAAAAUAAACGUAAUGAUAGCGUUGUCUGCUGUAGCGUUUAUUUUUGGUGUUCCUGUGUUCAAUAUAUUCGCCCCACUUGUCAAUCCAUUGGGAACUGCACUCAUAGAUGCAAUAGGUGCGUAUGAACUUCUGCCCAGGAACGGAUUUAUGCAAUAUUUGACAGAUACAUACUGCUCAACUCCUGCGUCUGCAACAUUGAUAUGCGGGAAUAUAUUAUAUCUUAGUUACGGUGCUGAUUUUGCUCAAAUAAAUGCCACAGCGGCUCCUGUCAUUUUUGGCCAUUUACCUGCAGGAUGCUCUACGAGACAAGGUCUGCAUUUUGGACAACUAUCCCUGUCAGGAAAGUUUGCGCAGUACGAUCAUGGGCCUAUCGAAAAUUUCAAGAAGUAUGGACAAUUAACUCCACCUGAUUAUCCUCUAGAGAAGAUCACUGCGCCUGUGGUAAUAUUCUAUUCUCUUUUCGAUCGGGUGACACCUAUUACGAGUGUAGAAUUAAUUAAGAAGAAACUAGGAAAUGUGAAAGAAGUAAUUAAAGUACCAUUUUUACAGUUUAGUCAUACAGAUUAUGUGUUCGCUAGAGAUGUCAAGGCACUUUUAUAUGAUACUGUAUUAGAUGUACUUCCAAAGUACAUUCAUAAUUAA